CAUUCGCACAUGUGAAAGUCAGAAUUUAUUGACUAUGCUUGCGCGCAUGCGUCUUUACUUAAACACUAUUUGUAUUCGUAACUUAAAUCUUUUUGUGGCGUAAUAUUCUAACAAGCAACGAAUCAUAUUAUUAUGGACGGUUUCGAAUUAAUAGCUCAAGGCGCCGAAGCUCGUAUUUAUAAAGGUGUUUAUUUGGGAAAGCCGACUUUAAUUAAAGAACGCUUCCCAAAGAAAUACAGACAUGUAGAUUUAGAUACUCGGUUAACAAAGGAUCGAAUAAAGGCUGAAUGCCGCGCUAUGGUUCGCGCGAAAACCGCUGGAGUUACCACACCGGCAAUAUAUUUCGUACAGUUGGAACGUCGAUGCAUUUAUAUGGAGUAUGUAGAAAACUCAAUAGUAUUAAAAAAUUUUAUAGAUAAAAAUAUCUCGACAGGGGCAAAUGCUGACCGUUAUUCAAAAUUCAUAACGCAAGGAUUAGGAAUGCUUGUUGCUAGAUUACAUUCCAAAAACAUAAUUCACGGUGAUUUAACAACGUCGAAUAUACUUUUGAAGAAUUUUAGCGACGAAUUGAGUAUCGAAAAAUGUGAUGCUACAAAUAAUUUUGUUGUAAUAGAUUUUGGAUUAGCUCGUGUUGAAUCAAGCUUAGAAGAUAAAGCUGUUGACUUAUACGUUCUUGAACGAUCGUUGUUAAGCGCUCAUUCAGAAGUACCGUUACUAUUCGCAGAAAUAUUCGACACGUACCAAAAGUAUUCUGCAAACAAAAAACAAUGCAGAGAAGUCGUUGAUAAGUACAAAGAAGUACAAGCACGGGGACGGAAGCGGUUAAUGAUCGGAUGAUACUGUUGUAUCUUUUAUGAAUAUAUUAAACACAUUUUAUUAACAUGUUUUUAAUCAUUUAUACAUAUAAAUACACUUAAAUAAAUCAUUAUAUAUGAAGUUA